AUGGCGCAGAACGAGACGGCUGAGCAAGGAAGGGCUUGGACCUACAGUCUGAAGUGCUACGACUGCCAGACCAUAAACGACUUCAAUUGUCCCAACAUUAGAGUUUGCGUCUACGAAAUUCGGCGCUGUCUGACAGUCUCCAUGCGUUUGAGCAAUCGCGAAUUACUCGUUUACAAGAACUGUACGAGCAACUGCACGUUUCUGUAUAAGGCAGAAACGCCUCCUGAAGCCCCGAGAAUGGUGACGACAAAUAAUUUCUAUUGGGUGCGUUGCUGUAACUCCAUGACUUGCAACGAAGGAGGGCCCACCCUCGAGAGAGACAUCUUAACCGAGGAGACGGUCGAGGAGGAGAUCGAGGGCGCCGUGCGCUUCGGGGAGUCAACGUCCUUCUUGAUCUUUGUCUCCACCCUGGUCAGCAGUGUGUUGACGUGA